GCUCAUGCCAGGAGCUCCGAUAACAACUUCCAGAAAACCUCAGCUAAUAGUAACAUGGCUACCCACGCUAGUGUGUGCUGCCGCUUGUUUGACAGACGAACAAGUUUCAGAAAACUCUUCUUCCAGAGGGUAAACGGGAACAUUGAAAGGCUGUAUUCAGGUGCUACGCACAAGGAAAAUGAACUUGAACUUGGAGACUCGACUUCAUCUGCUCCCAACUUCGCCUCUUCUCUGAAAACCAGGUCAAGUAAGGAGAGGCUAAAAGAUGACAACAUACUGCCCUUUUCAGCGUUCCUGACUGACAGCUUCGGCCGGAGGCACAGCUACCUGCGCAUCUCCCUGACUGAAAAAUGCAACCUGCGGUGUCAGUACUGCAUGCCAGAGGAGGGGGUGAAGCUUACGCCACGGAGCCAGCUGCUGUCCACCUCAGAGAUCCUGACCCUGGCUCGACUCUUCGUCCAGGAGGGGGUGGAGAAGAUCCGCCUCACUGGAGGAGAGCCCCUGAUCAGACCUGAUGUGCUGGAUAUCAUCGCAGAAUUAAGGAAGUUGGAAGGCCUGAAAACCAUUGCUGUGACUACCAACGGCAUGAACUUGGCCAGGCUUCUGCCUAAACUGAAAGAUACCGGCCUCGACCUGAUAAACAUCAGCUUGGAUUCCCUGGUGCCUGCCAAAUUUGAGUUUAUUGUCAGACGGAAAGGGUUCCACAAGGUGAUGGAGGGCAUUGAUAAGGCCAUUGAAAUGGGAUACAAUCCUGUCAAGGUUAACUGUGUGGUCAUGCGAGGCCUCAAUGAGGACGAGCUGCUAGAUUUUGUGGCGCUGACAGAGAAGAAGCCUCUGGAGGUGCGCUUCAUUGAAUACAUGCCCUUCGAUGGCAACAAGUGGAACUUUAAGAAGAUGGUGAGUUACCAGGAGAUGCUGGACCGCAUCAGGCAGCAGUGGGCCAACCUGGAAAUGCUUCAGACUGGACACACAGAAACCGCUAAGACAUUUAAAGUGCCAGGCUUCAAAGGGCAGGUUGGCUUCAUCACCUCCAUGUCGGACCAUUUCUGUGGCUCCUGCAACCGUUUACGUAUCACUGCAGAUGGGAACCUCAAGGUGUGUUUGUUUGGGAACUCGGAGGUGUCUCUGAGAGAUAUCUUGCGCUCCGGAGCAUCAGAUGAAGAGCUGCUGCAAAUCAUCGGAGCUGCUGUGGGCAGGAAGAAGAAACAACACGCAGGCAUGUUUAGUAUCUCUCAGAUGAAGAACAGGCCUAUGAUCCUCAUUGGCAGCACAUCACAAAGGCUUUUGUCUCUGCCCAAGUCACAAGACAGCCAAAGAGCAUUCCCCAUAGUUUCCCAUCUUCCAAACGACACGUUCCUCUCUCCAGCAGCAGCUCUUCACAUGUGGCGCUCAGGCAGCCGGGGACUCCUUAAUAGAGAGGGUUUUCUGUGCCUUCCAGAUUCAACACAGGCUGCCCAUGUUUGCUGGCCUAGGACCUUAAUGAGUGGGGGUACCCAUGUUAGAUCACAUAUCAACAAAGACAAUGUGACGGACAGCCUCCAUAGUGUAGCACCCCUUCAAUCAUCUGAGUUCAGGGUCACUUUCAUCAGCGGUCACACUAAGGCUGACAGUUUUACCGCACGCACAAGCUUCAUGAGCUACAUUAAUGAAGACUGUCUCAGGUACGCACAAGCCAGGGGUCCUAAUGCUUCGAGGGGCCACUUACUCAGGACCCCGGGGCCACCUAUGUUUUGCACACUACAAAUGAAUGCCAAAAUAAAUCACAAUGUUCGACUGUGCCACAAUCAAAGUUCCAGCAAGGACCCCAGGUCAGGCACAAACACUCACUUUGAUGAAACUACUGAAGCUCGGCUGACGCACACAGACGCCCAGGGCCGUGCCGCCAUGGUAGACGUUGGCGGGAAAGUUCCCACUCGUCGAACAGCGACAGCCAGCGCCACCGUCAUCUUGGGCCCCGUUGCCUUCCAGCUGCUUCGGGACAACCAGCUGGUGAAGGGUGACGCCUUAGCUGUGGCACAGUUGUCUGGCAUCAUGGCUUCCAAGCAGACCUCAGCCCUCAUCCCGCUCUGCCACCCGCUCCCCUUAGACCACACCUCUGUCACCUUUGACCUCGACGAGCUGCAGAAUUCGGCGGUCAUCACAGCAACGUGUCGCACAAUGGGAAAGACGGGAGUAGAGAUGGAGGCCUUGACAGCCGUCUCCGUUGCUGCACUGACCAUCUAUGACAUGUGCAAGGCAGUGAGCCAUGACAUCAUCAUUACAGAUGUAAAACUGGUCAGUAAGACGGGCGGGAAGAGGGACUUUCAUCGCCAUCAGUGACCUCAUCCUUCACAACUUAAUCCAACCCAGGAAAAGUGAGAAUUAAUUGCAAGCAUCAUGAAGACUGCAUCAAAUUUUCACCAGUCAUCACAUUUUUCUAAAAACAAAAAUCUAUGCCAUCAGAAUUGAGCACAAAAGAAAUUCUGUAACAUUUUCUAUGACACCCCUGUCUAUAAUGCAUUAUAAUCUCUUAUAGCACUGUAUAUUUUAGCCUUAAGAACUCUUAAAUAUGUUUAAGGCUUUAUAACAAUAAUCACAACACAUGCAAUGCAUUUUAUGAAGACUUAUGUCAAGUAUCAUAAUUCACCAGAAUUGCUCUUCAUACAACCAUUUUAAAACGAUUAUAGCCUAUCACAACUAUAUUAAUUAUGAUGUAACUACAGUCAACAGGUGAUAAAUUAUUAUGAUACUUGACCUUAUAAGUCAUCAUAAAAUGCAUAAGAAUGUGUUAUGAUUGUUGUUGUAAAGCUUCUUGAUUAUUUGUGAGUGCUUGAAUCUAAUUAUACAGUAUACACUAUAAUUGGCUUAUGAAUCAUUUUAAGUGUGUUUAUAAUGCAUUAUAGAAACAUUUUACAUGUAGCAUUUGACUACCAUAAUAACAACUUAUCCCAUACUCGAUAUGAAUCAUGUUACCUAAAUAGUGUUCAUGUAAUUUAGUAGUGCACUUAGAACAGAAGUGUCACUAGAGGGCACCCAUGAGUCAGAGUCAAGCCUCCCUGGAAGAACAAACUGAAGACUCUUCAAACACUAUUCACAUGACGAAUGUAUUUAUCUUUUAUUUGCUUACAGCAACUUUGAAGAUAAUUCCAUUAAUAACGAAGCCCAGACGAGAGAAAUGUUUUUUUCAGUGUUCAGCUGGUAGAUAUGAAGUCUAACUGUGAAAUAUCACUCUGUAUGUUCCUCUGUCUGCCUGCUUUGCAUUGCUGUAAUUAACAGCACUAUGAAUGUGUUAACUGUUGAGUUUUGGGGGUAAAUUUGGUUUCAACUGUUCCAGGAGAUGUUGCUUUCUAUCAUUUUGUCAGUGAUGAUAACUGGUUAAGGUUUCACUCUCAUCCUCAUUACUGGAUUUCACUUGAGUUUAAUUCCCUCUCUGUAUUAUACUGGAAACACUGGAUAUUUGUACUCUUGCAGCAGUUCAGUACUGAAGAGGAUGACAGUAAGACGACUCUAAAAUAUCCCCCAAUCUUAGACUUACUGCUAAUAAUAAUGAAAUGAACCUAUACACUACUUAAGAUUUAUUGUUGAUUUGAUGGAAACUUCAAAUGUAUAGUUGUUUAAAAAAUGUAAUUCUUAAUAUGAUUGAACUGCCUGGCAAAAUGCUAACUGAUGCAGCCUCUAUGUAUUGCAUGUCACAGUAACUCUGUCAGUAUUUAAUCUGCACUGUAGAUCAGCAAAUCUCACUGACUGUCUAUGGAGAACUGAAUGUUGCCAUCUUUAUAUCAUAACUAAUAGUUGAUUCACUGCACCCAGCUCUCUUCAUUGCACAUCUCGUUUUCUAAACUAAAGUAAAUGCAAACUGUGAAUUGCCGGAGGUGUGUUUAGCAUUUAUUUCCUCCAAUCUUUUCUCCUAUGAUGUCCCAACUUUGUACACUGCAUCUGAAAACUGAGUAUUGUGAUCCCACACAGUGGUUACUGUCUGUAUAAACACACAGUACGUCCUACUGUGUUAAAGCAAAUUAAAUAAGAAUUAUUCUAAAGGACAGUAUUUGUAAAAUGAUUGCUUUUUAAAAAGAUUGCUCAAUGUUAAUCUGUUCUAACCCAGAACCAGAACCCAAUAAAACAAGAAAUAGAAAUACAAUGCUGAAAAAAAGCCACCAGAAUACAAAGAAAGAGCCAAAACCAAACAAAAGGCUCGAUCACCAACUACAUGCUGCAGCUGCAAGUGAGAGAUUGAGAAGAGGUCACCUCCUCCUCUUUAUAACCUUUCCUCAAUCAGCCUCACUGAUUCCACCUGAGGGAAAGCACAAGACACUAAUGACUGACAGGCUCAUGACAACAAGAGGGGGGUUUACUGGAUAGAUUAUGUUUAUUAUAACCAACAGAGAUUCAUCAACGACACAAUUGAAAUCCUAAAGGCGACUGGUGAGCAGCUACAUGCAACCAGCAUAAUGGCCGAACAGACAGGUGUAAGAAUGGUUAUUAGCUGAAAAGGGGGAGUAUGCACAAGAUUUGGAAAACAUCGUUGCACAUUUAAGAGCACCUGAUGGAACCUUUUCUAGGGCUAUGGAGAAAUUACAAAAUCUAACAAGAGAGGUGAAUGACAAGCUGUAAACAGGGCAAGUGGACUGUCCAGUAACGUUAAUGGAAUGUUUAUGAUAUCAAUAUUAUCCAGGAAUAUGGACUGAGGCAUUGUGGGACACCUUAAAGGAACUGGAAUGCACCACACAAAAUCUUUGUUUCUAACUUUCUUUCUUUCUCUCUCUCAUGCACAAAGAUAAAUAAAUAAAUAAUAAUUAAAAAGUUAUAAUAAUAUAUACACGCACACAUAUUUCUUUGUGUUUACGUUUAUGGAACAUUACUGUAUAACCAGUUAACAUGUGUCUGUAAUACUAUUCAUUGCUGGAAUUUGACUUGUGUUAUAUCCUACAGGUAACAAUAAUUACAACUUUUGGUUGUCAUGUUCAGUGGUUGUGUGUCACAGCCUAAGCAGGAUUUUCACGGUUUACACACCAGGGGGCAUCACAGCUCACAAACAGGACAUGUUUAGUGUUUAUCUCAUGAUAGUUAAUCAAGAAGAAGUUUUGCUCAUAACUAUUAGAAGAUGUUUGACUUUAUUGACUGUACGUAACAGUAAACUAUUACAUUUCAUUAUAGAAGUAUUAAACAUGCAACAGAAAAAGACACAGAGACUCAGUGUCUCUGAGUUUAACAGCCCGGCCCAUCUGGCACAUCCUGACCGGAAAUGCCUGUGGGUUGAGAGAAGUUGUUGACUCUGAUUCGGGAGUUAUCCUGAAAUACCAAGUAUCAUUUGAGGACAAAUUCUGGAAAUUAAAGAGCAUGAGAUAGACCUCACAUGAGUGAAAUACACCAAAUGUUUUUCAGUAUAAAAAACAACUAAUAGGAAGGACUCUGUAUUCUGAACAAAAUAUUGUUUGUACCUUGUCAAUUAUUAUCUUUUCAUUAAAUCCUGG